GGCUAUAGGCCGCCCCUGCCCGGCGUAGGUUGUGUUGCCUACCUUGCCGGCGCCCCAGGGCCCACUGCGCCCUCUCCAUCCCCCACCCCUGCGCGCGUCAGGCGUGCCGCGGCCCCCGCAACCCAAGGCCAGACUAGGCACCCCUGUAGGAACAGUGGCCUACCCCCUAGGCGUCCAGCACCCCCACAACAUGCUACUACACCAACAACGCAACCCCCAGUCUGGCUGGCCCCGGGCAGGCACGAAGGAGAAGGUGCGAGUGAGAGAAGGGCUAGCGCACGUAACGUGCAUGCAAGCUGAUGGCAACUGCCUCCUCUAUGCCAUAAGCCACCAGCUACACGAGACUGGUAGAGUCCCGGGUGAGGGACGGCUGGAGGCCGGGGGCGAGGACCAUGUCCGGCACGCAGCCCAGCUGCGGCGGGCCGUGGUCGCGCACCUGGUGGCGUUCCCUCCGGUCGCGGCUCUGGAAGCAGCAUGGGCGGAUGACCCGUGGGGCUAUGAACCCUUCGUGGGUCCACGGCCGGACGGCGAGCUCGGCAUAAGAGACGCGACAGGAGCGGCCGCGCGCCUCGCAGCCCAACUGGAGAAGGACCAUGUGUGGCUUGGAGAGGAGUCUCUUGUGGCACUGGCCGAGGCCCACCAGACCAAAAUCACAGUAUACUACGAGGCGCAGGACCCCCUCGACAUCGACAUCACGCCACAAGCACACACAAUAACACCAGCACACCUCACACCAGGUCCCCCCCUCAAGAUCAUCUACAGGGUCAGCAAAGCCGGUGGCGGUGAGAGAGUCCACUACGACAGCGUGAGCAGAGUGCGGGAGGUAAGGGAGCCCGGCCACGGCGACUUCUGCAGCCCCUUUAACCCCUUCCCCCCGCUCCCCAAGCCCAAGCCGGCGCCGACGUCACAACAGAAACAGGUAAACGCUGCAGACAAGUGCAGGUGGAGGGUUCAGACCAAGAGGAAAGAAAGGGAGACCCCCGUCGGUCUACCCAAGCCCACGCCUACCACCCCGCCGCCUCAGGACAGGCCCGCGGAUACGCCCCACCUGCCCGCCAAAGGGGUGGGGCGGGGGGACAGUGGCCGGCCGGCAGCACUGCCCAAGAACUUGCCUAUCCGUGUCGCAACGUGGAAUGUCAGGACCAUGGGUGUCCUGGGCUGUGCCAAAAAUGUGGCAAAGGAGCUUAAGCGCAUGGGGCUUGCCAUUGUGGGUUUACAGGAGAUCAGGUGGCCAGGACAAGGUGAGCUCAUCAUGGGUGACUACAAGUACUUCUACUCCGGAGGCACGCAGAAGGUCCAUGGGGUAGGUUUUGCAGUACAUCGGAGCCUUUUGCCCGCCAUGUUUGGUUUCCAACCACGAGGUAAAAGGAUAGCUGCCCUGCGUAUGCGCACGGAGACCCAUACCAUCUCUUUCGUCACAUGCCACGCCCCCUGCCAGUCGGAGAAGGGGCUGGAGGAAAAAGGUCAGUUCUACGAGUCACUUCUCAGGUUAGUACACAAUGAACUCCCCAGCGGCAGCGUCAAGAUAAUCCUAGGAGACAUGAACGCCCAGUUGGGCCCCCCAGCCACACCCCUGGACAAGUCGAGGGGCUACUACACGUACCACAAGAAGGACAACAGCAACGGGGCGCGACUGGUCUCCUUCGCCAACGCGGCUAGCAUGACAGUGGUGAGCACGACGUCGUCGCGGCCCAGGGGCGAGCGCUACACCUGGACCUCAAACAACUGCAAGGAUGUCUCCCAGAUAGACCAUAUCCUGAUUGACACCCUUCGCAGAAACUGGGUAACAGGUGUGCGCACGGACUGGACCGCGUGUAACUACUCUGACCACGCCGCUGUCGUGGCGACGCUCAAGGUGAAAGUGGAGCACUUCAAAAGGGAACGAGAGCAGGAUAUGCUAAAGUCACCUAAGAAGCUGCGACUGGAGCGCCUGAACAACCCUGAAGUAAAGGAAGAAUUUCAAAAGUCGGUGACGCGGCUACUGCAGGAGGGCAGCACGGAGGCGAAAGAGCAACCCGAAGGCCCGGCCAGUGACACCACCCUGCCGGACAAGCCACCACGGGAGACUAUACACGCCAUGUGGGAGCGGAUGGCGUCAGCCCUGUUGGUCAGCGGUAAGUCCACACUAGGGGAAGCCAAGCAGACGAAGGGUAAGCACUGGUACGACGAGGAGUGUGACGAAGUCACCGAGCAGAGGAACGCGAUCUGGAGGUGGCACAGGGAGGAGGUGCACAACGAGGAGAUCAGAGAGGGCUACGAGGAGAUGGAACGGAUGAGGAAGAAGACGCUGCGACGGGUACGGCGACGCUACCUCAAACAAAUAUGCGAAGACCUCGAGCUCGACCACUCGCUACAGAAUGUCCGUGGUUUCUUCGCAAAGGUAAGGAAAACUAAGAUGGGGUAUGUCCCCCGUGCAUGUAUGGUCAGGGCCGAGGAGGGGCUGUUGGUCGCCAACACCACGCAGGUGUUGCAAACAUGGCGCGACCACUGCAUCAAAGUCCUUGCGGGACCUACGGAGCACGGCGAGGCGCCCGCACCGGAGCCCGACCAGGGGCCUAGCCAGGGGCCUACCCAGGGGCCCACCCAGGGGCCCGUCCAGGGACCCAGCCAGGGGCCCAGCCAGGGGCCUAGCCAGGGGCCCAGCCAGGGGCCCAGCCAGGGGCCCAGCCAGGGGCCCAGCCAGGGGCCCAGCCAGGGGCCCAGCCAGGGGCCCAGCCAGGGGCCCAGCCAGGGGCCCAGCCAGGGGCCCAGCCAGGGGCCCAGCCAGGGGCCCAGCCCACAACAGCGAGUAGGUGCCGUGCCUCAGGUGGGGACGGCGGAAGGGCAGCAGCCGGAUCAGCGAGAGCGGAACCCACCAACACGGGAAGAGGUGGUAAGGGUAAUUGAGUCUAUGAAAAAAGGUAAGGCCACGGGUGCGGACGGCAUUGCCACCGAACUCUUUCUGAACGGCGGGGAGCACCUGAUCGACAACCUGACGGCGCUCAUGGUAAGGAUAUGGGAGGAGGAGGCCAUUCCAGCAGCGUGGGAGGAAGCCGUCAUCACAAUGCUCCAUAAAAAAGGGGGGCUCUACGACUGCGAUAACUACAGAGGCCUCUCAUUGCUCAAUACUGGCUAUAAAAUCUGUUCCACGUUGAUCCUACGGAGGCUGGAGUACUACGCCGAGGAGGCCACGAGUGAGUAUCAGGCAGGCUUCCGCAGGAAUAGGUCGACGACGGACCACAUCUACGCCCUUAGGGCGCUGCUUGCCAGGCGCAAGGAGUUCCAGCAAGAAACACACAUGCUGUUUGUGGAUUUCGCGAAGGCUUACGAUUCUGUGCACAGGGCCGUGCUGUGGAAGAGGCUAGGUGAGCUAAACAUCCCUCAAAAGCUCAUCGUGAUGAUCCAGGCACUCUCACGCUCCACAAAGAAUAGGGUAAGAGCAAUGGGCUUCCUCUCAGAAUGCUUUGAGACGACCUCUGGCGUGAGGCAGGGCGACGCGCUCUCGCCACAACUCUUCAACCUGGCGCUAGAGUCAGCGGUGAGACGGGUAAUGGAACUCCUGGACCCUGAGGUCUUGCUCCUGGCGUAUGCGGAUGACAUAGUCAUUGUGGCUAACACCCGCCCGCAGCUCAGCGCGGCGAUGGCGGCACUGGUGGAGAAGUGUGCGGAGAUUGGUCUCCAGGUCAGCCAGGGCAAGACUAAGUAUAUGUGCUCCACGCCGACACAGGGCGGCCCCUCUCCACCUCUACAGGUAGGUGACCACUCCUACGAGGCGGUCACCGUCUUCAGGUAUCUGGGCUCCAUGAUUACCGUGGACAACGACAGCCUCGUGGACAUCAAGGAAAGGACCAGCGCAGCGAUGCGCAACCUGCGGGCCCUGAAAGCCCUGCUGGGCUCCAAGGAGGUGAGUAGGAAAGGUAAGCUCAUCAUCUAUGAGACGGUCAUCAAGCCGGUCGCUGUAUAUGGAGGGCAGGCCUGGACCUUAACAGCCAAGUGCAAGCAGGCCCUGUGCGUCUUCGAAAGGCAGGUGUUGAGGGCCAUUGUCGGCCCGGACCUCUCCCAGCCAGGAGUGGUGCGCCUCCGCAGUGACAAGGAGAUAAGGGAGCUCCUGAACUACGGAAAGAGUGUAGUAAGCUGGGUGCAGUCUGUCGCCCUUCACUGGGCAGGGCACGUGGAGCGCGCCCCGGAGGACAGAAUUAUCCGCAAGGUCACUGCUGGGAGCAUCAAGGGCAAGAGGGCCCGAGGUAAGCCAAAGCUCCGUUACCAGGACUACAUCAAGGAAAUGGUAAAGCCCUACGGCGUCACUGACUGGCGCACCCUAGCCCAGCAGAGGGAGGGGUGGAAAGACCUCUGCUCGUCGGUAAAGGGCGCACCGCCAGCACCCGUGACCCCGCGCAAGAAGAAGGCCUCCGCGGAGGAGGCGGCCACAACACUGAGCCAGGACGCGGACGCACCACAGACACCACCCCAACAGCCUGCACCUAAACGAGCGAGACGCGCUCUCCAGUUCACACACAGGGCAGAACACACACUGAGCGACUCGGCGUCAGACAACGAC